AUAGUCGAGACAGAGGCCAACAACGUCUCUCGCAUGCAGUGGCUCGCCAUCGCACUGCAACUUUGCGGUCUGCUCGUGACGCAGUACACACCGGACUCGGGGACGACCUACACGCCUCUCACGUACAUGCUCAUCAUGUUCCACGUCUUCCUCGGCGCUCUGGCGGGCGUGUACAACCAGGUCUUGCUCCAGCGCGAGAGCUGCAGCUUGCACGCGAACAACAUGACCCUGUAUGCGGCGGGCACUCUGUUCAAUCUUUGUGGUCAUCUGCUCGUGCGCGUGGUGAGCCCAGAGGAGCCUAUCUUUCUCCACGGCUUCGACAGGCUCGGUGCCAUUCUCGUCAUCGUGAGCAAUGUCUUUGUCGGAUUGGCCAUCACAGCGGUGUAUAAAUAUGCCGAUGCCGUCGUCGAGUGCUUCGCGACAGCCUCGGCGACCGGUAUCCUCUUGUACGUCUUGACUAUCCUGUUCCACACGCAUUUAGGCUUCUUGGCCAUCCCCGGCACGCUGCUUGUUGUCAUCGCGUCCUGGAUCUACAUCCGGAACCCGCCGCCGCCCAGGCCAGCAGAGUCCAAACCUGCUGGCAGGUGCUCCUAUCUCUUCUCUGCAGCGAUGGGCAAGUGGCCCAAAAUCAGUCUCCUCGGGGCAUUUUUGCAGACGAUGCUGGUCGUGAUCUUGUUGUGGGUGCCCGAUAUCACCCUGAGGGAGGAGGACGACGACGUGAGCCACAGCGUGCUGCUGGACUCGCCCUUCAGAAACACAAUGGCUUUUGUCCGCUGGAACCACGCGAUCCCCGAGCGCAUACCGGCCAUCAUGAAGUACGAACCAUUCUUCCACACCAUGCAUCUGUCCAUGCGCGACUCGAUCGAGGGCGAGCCCGAGAGCUUCCUGAAUAUGACGCACGACCAGCACGUCAACACGGGCCAUCCCCAAGAGCCCGUCGCAAAGACCAUGAAACUCAUCCUGGAGUACGAGCCGGAGAUUGACGGCAUGCUCUUCUUCCACUUUGACGCGUGGGUCACACCUAUGGAGUCUAUGGGUAUGGACAUGACCAGGAUGGCCAUUCCCAUGGACGGGGGUCCCAACUUUCGAUGCUACGAAACGAUCCCGGCGGACAAGUGGGAACACGCCCAGCAGAGGACCUUUUCACUGCCGUGGGCAGGGCGAUCCCUUGCUGACGAUGGCGAGGUCGGGGCCAGCCCAAGGCGCUACUCCAAGGAGAAACGGGCUGGUUGUCGUGGUUGGUCCGAUAUCUACUGCAUUCCACGUCGGUUCUUUGCGGACUACAUAUUCCUCGUCGAGCGCGUCUUCCACGACACGUUUCAUGAAAUGUCGGUCGCGACCAUGAUGCACAUGAUUGAUCGCACGCGCAGUCGAACGCACUUCACCUCGUUCAUUGAUCCCAUGCCCUGCUGGGGAUCGUGCUGCUCCGAAACGCCGAGCGAGGACGCAUUGCUGUGGCAUCGAUGCGGGCACAAGCUGGACCUCAGGAGCGACAGGGCGCAGCUGCACUGGGACCGCAUCGACGCGGCGGCG